CGUGAACACAAGAAUGUGGCGACGCGCGGCGGCGGAAGCAUGUCUCUUGGGCAUUCCUGUCGUGUGGAUGUACAUGCUGCUGGAUGAACUGCCUACGCUCCACAGUGUUUCAAUGUUGCAGUCAUUGUAUCUCGCGGUUGGCGUCAUGGCAGCGCUUGUGGUUGGUGGGGCAUUGGUCACACUUGUCGAGACGACAUCAACACAUUUUAUCCGACAACACGCCAGAGAGGAAGCGGACUCUGGUAUACUGAUAGGUGUCGCCAUCGUGCCUAUCGUCCUAGGCAGCCGCCUCCUGCUGGACUUGACUUCUAGCGUGCAAUCAGACUACACCUUGUCGCAUUUGUGGUUGUCGUUGGUUAUCGGAACGUCUUCGCUUGUGCGCGUCUCAACCACGAUGCCCUGGUCCGUCACUUCCGGCAUCGUCGAAAGCAUCCUGCUGCAUGGGCUGUGCCUCGCACUUCAAGUGCCACCAAAUAUGUUUCUCGUACAUGUCCAUAUUGCCCUUCACUUGUACAACGUCCUGUUGCAAUAUGGCCUGGCGGCGGUGUCGCGAUCGUUUACAUAUGGCGAAGCCAUGGUGAUCGCGCAAGGCAUGACGUUUCUCACGCUGGACGCUGCCUUGUUUACAUUGCACCAGGGCUCGUGGCUUCGUCCAUCUUCGUACCCCGUUCCCCAACGUGAUGGAAUUGCGAUUAUCGUUCAAGUGGGCCUCGUGUUGACGAUGCUGCUACUCCCCCUUCUCUGCACACCGCUCUUUCACACCUACGGCACGUCCACGCCUCGCAUUGUGCGGCCAACGCUACCUGCCGCCCCCACCGCCCACUUCGCUGGGCUACUUGUGAUCGUCGCGAUCGUGUUUAUCGUGUGGACAUCGUUUCUCCUCCACAUGCCUCUAUGGAAAUGGGUGGUCGACACGCUCUUGGUGCCGUCCAAGGUCGGGGUCGCCGCAUACUGGCUCGGGGUACUCGCGGUCGCCGUGCCGUGCUGCCCCAUCGUGGCCACUCGUUUCAAGCUGCGCCAAAUCGUGGCUCGCAAACUGUACCACGUUAUGGUCGUGUUGCUGUUUUUACCCGUCAGUUUUGUCGAUGUGGACAUGCUUCGCCUGAGCUACGGGGUUGCCGUGGGGGUGUUUAUCGUGCUCGAAUGUGUCCGUGCGAUGGCCGUGCCGCCCUUUGGUCGCUCCAUCGCGCUCUACAUGCGCGAUUUCUUGGACCACCGCGACCAAGGCCGGGUGGUCUUGAGUCACACGUACUUGUUGGUCGGUUGUGCGUUGCCCCUAUGGAUCCUCUUCCCCACUUCGUCCACUUCCACGAAUCUCGAGGAGCAUCGUCAUCAUCAGCGUGCUGGCUCGACGGCUCUGAUUGCCAACGCGGGGGUCUUAGCUCUUGGAAUCGGAGAUGCCAUGGGGGCCGCCGUCGGGUCAUCCUACGGCGCUACUAAAGUCGUGGGCCACAAAUCGCUCGAAGGCAGUGCGGCGAUGGUUGUGUCCAUGUGCGUCGUGUCGGUCGUGUGUCAUUCGUACCACUGGGACGUGCUCGCCCACGGCCGCUACGCCCCGGCUGUGCAAUGGCUUGGCGCGACCGUCGCCACUGCCACGCUCGAAGCCGUGACGUGUCAAAUCGACAACCUCGUGCUUCCCUUGUACUACUGCGCCUUGUGCUGCUUGACGGCAUGUUCCCAUUAACAUUAUUAUGAACACAUCGCCAAGCAGCUUGUUCAC